AAUAAAAAGCAAAAAGUCUCAGAAACGUUAAGAAUCAAAAUAACUAAAAUGAAGAAGACACCUUCUUAUAUUUUGGUUCCAUGCAUGAUGCAUGUACUUAUAUUUAUAAUUUUUUUUACCAGUUAUACAUGUUCAUUUUGGAGAUGGAAAAAAAUACAUCUCAAAAAAUAUAAACCAAUUUUAUUAUUUAUUUCACAUUUCAGAUUAUUUUUUAUCAGUUUAUUUAUUUAUUUUAUUUACAAGAAAUUGUUGAAUUUGAAUCCAGCGUGUUUGAGAUGAAAAUAUGAAUUCAAUGGUAGGUUACUUGAAAAACGUUUAUCAGAGAAAUCUAGAUUGGUUACAAGAAAAAUAAUAAUAAAAUUGACCUAAGGCGAUGAACUCUUCAAGAAAAAAGUUUAAGACAAUGAGUUUAUAUACCCUAAUUCUCUGUCAACUUCUUGUAUUUGUGAAUGUUCUCCUUAAACAACUUCCUCCUUAUUUCUUGUAUUUGUGAAUGUUCUCCUUAAACAACUUCCUCUUUUUUUAAUAAGAUGAAGUCGACAAAGUAUUUUCUUUUUUCCUUUGCUGGCUUAGUUUUCUCCAACCCCAUUUUCUUAUGGAUAGGUCGACUUUGCUUACUUAACAGACUUUGACGAGAGACAUAAUCCAUCAAUAGUAGAAAUGUGAGAAUCCUCAUGAUGCAUAUAAGUUAUGUUUUAGUUUAUGCUAUAAAUAAUAUUUAUUUUUGAUUAUCAAUUCUUUCUAUGUUUCUUUAUGAUUUUUAAUUUGUUUGAUUUUUUUUAUCUUUGUAGGUUUUUUCCGUAUGUCAUUUCCUAUGGUUGAUGUUUUUGAAUCAAAUUUGAGUUCUUUUUUUUUGUCAGCAACAUAAACAUAAUCAAAUUUGAGUUCUAUUUUUCGGUUUUCACUGAUUUUCAAAUGAGAAUAAAAUAGUUUUGAAUUAAAUGUUUAAUACUUGGACAUAUAUUAAUUUUAUAUUUAUUCAAAAAUGAUGAUUUGUCAGUGUGAACUCUUCCUCAUUCACUGCCAUUUUUGAAUUAUUUGGGUUGUUAUAUUUUUUUGUUACUAGAAUAUAUCAUCUGAAUAUGAAAACAUUCCUUUCUCACCAGCUCUUAAAAAGAAUCAUCUGAAUUCAUUAUUUAAUUUUUAUACUGAAAUCUACUGCAUUUUUAAUUUACCUCAUCAUCAGUUAGUGAUUUAUUAAGUAUGUACAUUAUUAUACAUUUAAAAUAUUUGAUAUAUGUGUUAAAUUUUGCGGAACAUAUGAGUACUAUGCUAAUGAUAUGGACAACAAUAGUUACAAAACACAUUAUUAGUAGCAUUAGCAUAAUCGACUAUCAACAAUAACCACAUUGACUAAAUCGAAAGACUCUCCCUAAUUUUUGUUGUAUUUUUCCCUUGUUUUACUCAUUACCUCAAUAUUGUUCAUAGACUCAGUUUCACAUGUAAACUUCAACUUCGGGUUUCACUUAUAUAACUAUAUAUAGAAAGACUGGUCGUAUUUUUCUCUUCAAUAAAUAUUUCUCUUUUUCAGUUCUGUGAUUUGAUAUUUCAAAAAUAUGGUUGAAGAAGUAUUAUCUAAAGUAUUUUGGGUCGUUGCUGCUACCGUGUUUGCAGCUGCAACGGUGGGUUACGCGCAGCAAGUGCCAUGUUACUUCAUCUUUGGAGAUUCAGUUUUUGAUAGUGGCAACAACAAUAACUUGCAAACUAAGGCAAAAGUUAACUUUUUACCUUAUGGUAUUGACUUUGCCAAAGGCCCAACUGGCCGGUUCACCAAUGGCCGCACUAUCACAGAUUUUAUCGGUGAACUCUCGGGUUUUAAGGAUUUCAUUCCGCCAUUCGCCAGAGCAUCACUAGAAAACGCUCACAUCGGGAUGAACUAUGCUUCUGGUGCAGGCGGACUCCGUGAAGAAACUAGUGAACAUUUGGGUGGUCGAAUAAGUCUAAGAAACCAAAUACUAAACCACAAGAAGGUGAUAAAGAAAGUGAAUGUGCCAUUACAUAGACUGGAACAAUGCCUCUAUGCAAUCAGCAUCGGAAGCAACGAUUACGUCAACAACUACUUCAUGUCAAAACCAUACAACACGAGUCGCCGUUUUAAGCCUAAUCAAUAUGCACAUUCUCUCAUCUUACUCUAUCAUACUCAUUUGAAGAGUUUGCACCACUUAGGAGCGCGGAAAGUGGCACUUUUUUCAAUCAGUAAGAUUGGUUGCACACCAAAGAUGAUUAGGUCCCAUGGUGGCGGAAAAGGUUGUGCGAGAGAGGUGAACACUGCAGUGGCAAUCUUCAAUAAGAACCUAGAAGACCUUGUACAAGAUUUCAAUAAGAACGUCCAUGGUGCUAAGUUCACCUAUGUUGAUAUCUUCUCUGGUGGAGAUCCCUUAGCUUUCAAAGUUUUAGGAUUUAAGAUUAGACACAAGGCUUGUUGUACAUUAUCUCCCGGGGAAGAACUUUGCGCACCAAACAAACCAGUUUGUGGAAACCGGAGUGAAUAUGUCUUUUGGGAUGAUAUUCAUAGCUCCGAAGCCACUAAUAUGAUGAUGGCUAGAAGCUCGUUUGAUGGACCUCUAGGUAGUCCGUACAGCAUUGCCAGCCUUUUGAAGCAAUAAGAAUCGUAGCACUAGUUUUGUAGUUGGCUAAAUAAUGUGUUACUAUAUAAAUGUAACGAAUUUUAGAUUAUAUUGUAAUUUUCACUUUGAAAUGGUUGUAACAAUUUACAGAAAUCUUCAGCACCUGCUGCAUUCUUCGUCUGAAUAUCAAAAUAUAGAAUGAAAAAAGAACUCAACAAAACAUCUAAGAAAACCCUUUUUAACAUCCUUAAAUAAGUUCAGACAAGUGGAUGUUCUGACAUCUGUGUAUAUAUAGAGUUAUACACUUUUCACAACAAAUAUAAACGACAAAUAUAAACGAAAUGAAGAGAUAUCAAAGUUUGAUGACCUCGAUCGGGGAAAGUCCUUGCUAUUUUUAAGUUCAAAUUUUGAUCAGAGGAUCAAAGUACGAACAGACCAAGAAAAGCAAGAACUUACGAGUUGUUUAGUAAUAACCUGAAAGCGCUAAACUGGUCAUAAUUGCGAUGUAGAGCAGAACAACUUCUACCAGAACAAUACCAGAGAUAGAGGAAAUGACAUUAAUAGUAAUUAGUAAGAUUGGAAAACCUGUGAAAUAUAAUCUUCUAAACUAUUAAAACUGAAGACAUUUUGUACUUAACCCUGAUUUUUCUUAAAUAAUUACUUUGCAUGCCACUGACUUAUGAUUUCAGUUUUCCCAACUACACCUAUUUUAGUUUCCAUUGACCACGACCUAUUUUAAUUUUUAAAUAUCUUUCUCCCUUGAGCCGAUAACCACAUGCUUUUUUCCCAAAUUCUCAAAAACUAUAAAUCCCUAAUUCCCCGAUUGAUUUGUACGAGCUUUGAAUUCCCAAAUUUCCGAUUCUUCUUUUGCUAAUUGUUCAUCUGAUUCAUAUCCGUUCAUUCGUCUGACUGAAUUCAAGUCGUUUUCAUUUUUCGAUUGAGAAUCUAUGUCUGUUUUGGGUUUAGAUUACUAGACUAUGUAGAUCUAGCUCGUUGAGAUGAGUUUCCGUCAAUUUCCGUCAGAUUUUGAUUUGUAUAUAUGAGGCUUGAAUUUUAUAUAUCUGUCCAAUGAAUUUAGUGUUUGAUUUGUUAAUUUUGAUUGUAUUUUCCAGAUUUAAUAGCUGAAGAUGGCGGACUCUUUGAAUAUGUCUCUUGAUGAUAUUGUUAAGAGGAACAAGGCCGCUAAAAGUCUGGUGGUAAAGGUUUAACCUGAUAUAGAAUGUAGUCUGCUUGUGGUAAUGACUUCUGCAAUUGCUCUUAACCACAUUAUUUGGUCUUAUGCGCCUUUAACUUGUGUGCUAACCAAUUAAGAUCGUACCAAAAGCCUUAUUGUAGGAAGAUUUGCCUUGCUGAUACCAAUAUACAACCCAUGAACCACUUGAAUAGACAUACACCUUACUAAUAGCCACUUUUUUGCUGAUUAAUGUGGCUUCAAGAUUCUACACACCCUUUUGGCUGACUUUAUCUCUUCCACUUAACCGCAUGAAGAAGAACUUGCCAUGGCAGAAUGGUUUGUUUGAAGAGAGCAACAGAGUAACUGGAAUAGAUUUCUUGAUUGGUCUUGGGAAAUCACUAUAAGAAACUAUAUUUUGUUAAUUAGAAAAGAGGCAUUAAUAUAUUAUGUUGCCAGACAAUGUAACAAUAAACACAGCUCACUGUAGAAAGUUAUCAUAAGUAAUCAACUAACAUAGCCAAAUGGCCAAUGCAUCGA